AUGAGAGAAGCAGGCGGGCUGACUAGGUGGAGCCUGAUGCUGUUCCCGAGCAGCACCAGCGCGACGCGAAGCAAGACGGGCGAGGCCGACGUCGCGGCGGUGAUGGAUUCACCGCGGAUGGCCUGGCUCUCCCACGUCUUCAGUCACCUCAGCAAGGGGCCCAGGGACGAGCGCUUGUUUCCCUGGUACUACAGCGAGUUCUACCAGAUGCCAGUGCAGGCCGCGGCGGCGCUGGACUUCAAGAUGGCACCCUAUCAGGGAGUAGACGAGUGCAUGAAGCGGAGCCGCUGGACGGCGGCCAAGAGCGUGGCCAGGCGCGAGAAGGCGGGCCGGUUGAACGACGCCUGGAGGGAGCUGAUGGCCGCCCAGCAGGCGCGCGCUUUCGACUGCGAGCGCCAAUUCGAGGAGUGCCUCGCGCGCGUGCGCCGGCUGCUGGCCCCAGCGAUGCGCACGCCGCGCGCCGAGGGCGCGGACCACCUCGCCGAGGCGGCCACCGUGCUGCAGGCGGCCUGGAGAGGACGCGCGGCCCGGGCGCGCGCGUCGGCGGAGACGCUCCGGCAGCGGGAGGAGCGGCUGCAGGCCCAAGACCUCACUGCCUCCGGCGGCGCGCGCAGGCUCAGCCGCGAGAGCGUGGGCAGCUGCCGGCUGAGCGUCAGCGACAUGGUGACGUGGGAGCCGGGCGACGAGGCCGAGAUUGGCGAGGGCUGCGUCCACACGCCGGCCUCGUCCGAGUUCUCCGAGAACCCGUCGUCUCCGGGCCUGGACGACUCCAAGGAUCGCCGCAAGCAGCGGCGUUCGAGGAUUUCUGAGAGCCAGGGCUACCUGAGGUAG